AUGUCGUCUAAUAGCCAAUCUCCGACAUCGACACUUCCUCGGAUUUUAAUUAUUGGCGCGGGCUCUCGCGGUCAUGCUUACGCUCGGGCUGUGUCGGAAUCUGGAGAGGGUAUCAUAGCUGCCAUCGCAGAACCCAUAGCCUUCAAGCGCAGUUUGCUAGGCUCCAGGUAUAUCUGGUCGUCGGAAGAGAGAUCCGGACAAGGACAAGAGUUCCAUGACUGGAAAGAUUUCCUACAGUAUGAGACCACGCGCCGGAGCAAUGCAGCUGCUGGACGUCAAGUCCCUCCAGGUAUCGACGGUAUGUUCAUAUGCAUACUAGACGAACAACAUGCAGAGGUCAUCACUGCCUUGGGUCAUCUGGCCAUCCAUACACUUUGUGAGAAGCCACUGGCUACAACACUACGAGAUUGUAUGGCCAUAUCUACCGCCAUGUCAUCUCAACAAGGAGGACAGUCGGCCAUCUUUGGCAUCGGUCACGUCCUACGUUACAGUCCACAUAACAUGCUCCUGCGCAAGUUGGUCCUCGAAGACCAAGUCAUUGGACCCGUGCUGUCUAUGGAGCACACUGAGCCUGUUGGCAACUGGCACUUCUCGCACAGCUAUGUCAGAGGCAAUUGGAGAAAGGAGUCAAGCACAGCCCCAUCGUUACUGACAAAAUCAUGCCACGAUAUUGACUUCCUAUUGUGGAUGCUGUGUUCACCUGCCCCUGGAACCAAUCAUCCUCCACAUGUUCCGGCAUCAGUGGCUUCAUUCGGUUCGCUGAAACAGUUCAAGAGAUCUCGAAAACCCGCGAGUGCAGGCACUGCCACCAAUUGUCUACGAUGUCCGGUUGAGAAGACAUGUACCUAUAGCGCCCCAAGAAUAUAUUACGACAACCAACUCGCCAAGGGAAACACUGAUUGGCCGGUCAACAUCGUCAAUCCAGAGAUUGAAGCAUGCUAUAACGAUCAUGGCAAAGCAGCAGCCAAAGAGAUGCUCUUCAAGUCACUUGAGGCUGACUACGAUGAGAACAUAUCGCCGAAAGAGAUAUCCAAGCGUCCUUGGUUUGGAAGAUGUGUAUGGGAGUCCGAGAACGACGUGUGUGACGAUCAAUUCGUCCUUCUCUCCUGGAAUGACGAUCCGUUGCCCGAAACACUCAGUACCGGCUCUUGUAACCCUGAUGGUUGCAAUUCCCCAGCUAGGAUGGCGAAGACCGCAUCCUUUCAUAUGAUCGCCCAAACCGAGAAACAGUGCGAGCGGCGAGGGCGUAUCUACGGAGAGAAGGGAGAGAUCUCAUACGAUGGAACCCUAAUCACGGUCUAUGAUUUCUCUACUGGUGAGUUUCAACACCACCGUCCGCGCAGGCCUGGCGGAGGUCAUGGUGGAGGAGAUCACGGACUUGCGACCCAUUUCCUCAAAGCCAUCGAUGCAGUGAAGAACAAGAAUAUGUCGAUUGAAGAAGCUCAGAUUCAGCAUCUUGGUUGUACCCUAGAAGAAGUCAUCAGAAGUCAUACUCUUGUUUUCGCAGCUGAAGAAGCGCGGCUCGAAAAGAAGGUCGUCGAUUGGCAGCAGUGGUGGAACUCAGUCAGUGUUGCCGCCAAUGCUUCAGCUUUCGAAACGCCGCCCAACAGCGCCCAGCAGUCUUGA